CUGGGAUGUUGAUUUUCAUACGAUAGUACGAGCAGAAAGAUAUUGAUCUACCUCUUGCCUUCGAAGGCGUCAUCUUCGUCGAGAUAAAUUUCCGCGAGCGUUUACGAUUCGUUUCGGAGUAGAUAUCUUGAUUUUUGACGUCAAAAUGGCUUCGUCCGGCAAGACCACUCCCGCGGCCCAGCAAACGGAAACCGCGAAGACCGCGCUGCGUGUGUUUGUCUCCGGGCUCCCCGAUGCGGACACGCUCCCAGCGGCGGAACUGCAGAACUUCAUCCAGCAGAGCCUGUCGUUCCGCCCCAAAGCGGUAUUCUGGGCGGUGGGGAAGUUUUGCAUCCAGCUGAAGAAGGAGUCCGAAGUGGAAGAAGUGGUCAGCUUUUUGGACAAACAAGUCUACGCGACGACUGCCGAUGAGAAAUUCACGCUGCGAGCGACGCGGGCCGCGACCUUUGUGGUGAAUGAGCACGACCUGAGCUGCGCGCUGGACUUGAAACUGUCGAAAGCAGACGUAGCAGGGUUGGAGAAAAAUCAGAAAAAAAUCCCGGUGGAAGAAGCAAUUCUGCAGAUCCUCCCGGAGGGAUUGCGGUCGAAAACCCAUGUUCGCUCGUUUUUAUCAGCAGAUCAGGCAGCCGCAGCUGGCGACAAUGGUAAUAAAGCUGCUGCUACUGGUACUGCUUCCUCCUCCUCCGCCCCCUCCUCCUUCCACCGGCUUUUUUUCGCUAAGCGUGCCCACGUGCAGCCCGCAUUACACACCUUGCAGCAGAAAUUUGGAAAGGAAAAGUGCAUUCUGUCCUCGAUCGUGCCGCAGUUUACGUCCGGGAAGUCCGGUCGGCUGAUCGUGCGAAAUCUCCGGUUCACCGCCGAGGAAGUGCACGUGAGGAAAGCCUUCAGCAAGUUCGGCGAAUUGAAGGAAGUUUCCUUACCCGGAAAAGUGAAGCAGGGCGGAGAUCGCAAAUUGGCCGGGGUCGCGUUUGUCGAGUUUGUGAAGCGGGAGGACGCGGCGAAGGCUUUGGAGCAGAUGAACGGGAAGGAAAUUUGCAAAAGGCCUAUUGCGGUGGACUGGUGCUUGGGCAAAGAUGUGUAUCAGCAGAUGCAAAAUAGCAACAGGUCGGUGGAGAUGAAGGUGGUAGAUGAAAAUCAGGAGAAGGAAGCAGAAGCCGAAAAUAGUGGAACUUCAAGAACUUCAGCACAAAAAAUAACUGCGGAUGAAAAUGAGAAAGACCACGACAGCGAAGAAGAUGCUGGCUCAGAAUCGGAUCCAGAUGCCGAAGAAGAGGAGUCGGAUGAUGCCGAAGAUGAAAGUCAAGAGCACGACGACGCACAUGGAGAUUCAAAAGAACGACCUGACCCUUCUGCUUCCAGUUCAUCUUCCAACAAAAAAACACCGUCGUCAAAUAAAUCGAAAAGAGACACGGUGGAGGCCUUGUCCAGCGACAGUGAGGCAGAUUCAGACGAGGAAGAUAAAGGCGCAAACGAAUCGGAUUCGGGAGAUGACGACGACAGACCGAAGACCGAGCUCGGAAAGAACGCCAUCGUGAACUCCGAGGAGGACAAAAAGAAGGAAGUGUUCGUGUUGAAUGUCCCUUUCGACGCGACGAAACAGGACUUGGAAGCCGCCUUUGCCCGUUACGGCCCGGUAGCGAGGGUGUAUUUGACUCCCGACCACAGCAAGGUCAACCCGCACCGCGGGAGCUGCUUUGUCAAGUUCGUCCAGGAGAGCGCGGUACUCAGUCAGUUUUUUGAAUAUGUUUAUCUUUAUUGAAUAAGAUGAACUAGUCGGAGUUCCUGUCGUCUGAUCUGAUGGUGAUGAAGAUGCAUGCCAUAGUACCCGCCUUCAAAUUAAUGAUUGACCUAUUGUAUUAAAACCAAAAUAACGCACUAAUAUCAGGUCGACAAGGUCCUCGGUGAGGAGAAGCGUCUGCAGGAAAAACUUCGCGAAUUCGGUUGCAAGCAGGCCGCGGCGGUAGGUCAGGGGUCCGCUGCGACGAAGCUGGAUGGGUUCGGUCUCGUCGUUAAGGGGAGACGCCUCAUCAUUCGCAGGCUCGAGAGCAGAGAAGACGUGGCGCAAAAGUACCGAUUUUGAUUUCGCUUGGUACUUAUCUUCAAGAAUGAACUUCCUGCGCAAAAUAAAUAGAUUCCGAAUCGAAUUGCAAUGUUCAUCACCAUGGUUAUGUUGUAGCUUUCGGUUUGCAUUACGUCCUAAAGUAACAAGGUGCCAUCGCAUCAAUAUCAAUUUGAACUUUCACUUCUACACUUUACUCUGCUCAGGUCCAAGAAGUCCCUGAAAGAGCAGCGGCAAGCGGCGCGCAACCAGUACGCACAUUUGCACAUGCUGGGCGCAAUCGAGGAGACAGCGCCUGAAUUCAAGGAACUGACCAAACAGGAGCAGCAGUUGCGAAAACAGUCGCUGCAGGAAAAGAAGUUUAAACUGAAAGACCCGAACUACAUAGUGAACCCGAAACGGUUGGUGUUGAAGAACUUGGAUUUGCAACUCGACUCCGCCGCGAUCAAGGAGAAGGUCGCGAUUGUCAUGGCGGCACUGGAGAAGAGUCGGGAAGAGAAGAAAGCCGAGGAAGAGAGAAACGCAGAAGAUGCAUCUGCCUCUAGCACGAAAGUAGAGAAGAAAACGAAAAAGAAGAAAAUAGACAAACUCAGAUCCACUGCAGAGGACCCACAGGAUCUCAUCAAGCCGCACUUGCAGCAGGUCAGCAAAGCGGAGAGACAUAAACAGCAGAACAAGAUCGCGACCGUCAACUUGAUGCGUUCUUCUGACCGAAAGACCGCGGACGGGGUGAGAAGAUCUCUCGGUUACGCCUUUGUCGAGUUCAAAAACCACACCGACGCGUUAGACGUCUUGAAGCUGAUGAACAACAACCCGAAACUGCAAUCCAUUGACAUCAAAAAGAGACUCCUGGUCGAGUUUUCCUUCGACGAUAAACGGGCGUUGCGGACGCAGGAACUGGCGAAAAAACGAAAAGAUGAGAAGUUGGCCGCGGCGAAGAGGAGACGGGAAGACGGCGAGGCGGAAGAUGGACAAGAGGGUGAACGCGGUGGUGUUGCUUCUACUAGUGGUGGUCCUACUGCGAAGAAGCAAAAAGGCGAAGGGAAGAAAGGAAGUAGUGGCACUUCAGCUCCUGUUUCAUCAAGUUCUUCAACAGGAAAGGAGUCUAGCACCGCUGAAGAUCCAAGUGAGCCAGCAAAGAAGAAGCAAAAGACCAAGGGAGGCGGAAAGGGCACGACCACCGGCAAGGGUGGUUCCAGCGAAGGGAACAAGAAAGUAGACCAUCCUGGUGACUCCAAAGACAGCGAUGCCGCAUCUUCUCGUGGUCCUAAAAAGGAGAAGAAGCUGAGCCGCGGUCAGAAACAACGCAUGAAGCGACGAGAGGAACGAGCCAAGGCGGAGCAAGCCGCGAAGCCAGCGAGCGCUGUAACAGUGAAAAAACAAGGGAACAAGAACGAGCAGAGGCGCGAAACCGUGAAGCAGGCGAAAAUAGCGGAAAAACGAGCUCUGAGAAAAGCGCAGAAGGAGAAAGAGAGGCAAAAGCACGCGGAAACGGAUGACUUGGAGGAGAAGUACAUGCGGGGACUAAGGAGAUGAUAGCAUGAUGCGCAACGAGGACGAGCGAGGAGAAAGAUCUUUUGUAGUGGUUGAGCUCGCGUCUUUCUCCACAUCAAACCUGCAAAAAUGUGAAACGCAAUUUUAAUAUUAGCGGCGUUGUGAAACAUCAAAUUCAAAAACGGGAAUGAAAUACAAAAGGGC